GCGAAAGGCAGAAGAGCAGAGAAAAGCCAUGAGUAUUAAGCACAUAAGUCGCCCACAACUCGGAGGGUCGAAUUCGCGGUUUCAGAGCACGCUUGGCGAGCACUGCUUCGGACCUCGCUUGAUGGCUCCAAGACAGCUGAUUGCGCGGUAAGAUCCUCGGGGGAUGGUGCAGGCGGGAGGAUGGGGCAGGGGGGAAAGGGAUGUAGGGUGGGUGGGAGAGUGGGAGAGGAUGGAGGAGGGCGAUGGAAGGAGGGAGAAGGGCGAUAAAAGAAGGGAGGAAGAGGGGGUGGGGACGAGGACAAGGAGGGAGUGGCAGCCAGGUCGGGUCCAAGUCGGGUCAGUCUUGACACAGGACGAGGGCAGGCGCGAUAGAGGACGGACGGAGGUGAGCGAUAGAGGACAGACGAGCGCACGAGCGAUAAAAGACAGAAGGAGGAUGAGAGAGCGUUCAGCGUCGGCCGUCCAAGCUCUAGUCCAGUCGCGUUCGUAGCGGGCACCACGACCGCUGCGUGAGGCGAGAG